AUGACAUCAUGUGAGGGAGGGCAGAGGCAUAUGAGAAGCUUCAUCCAUGUGCUAUCAACUAUGUCUACUCAUGCCAGCGUUCUACUUCUCAUCACUCUUUGGGCUUCCGUGGAGGAAGGUCUGGGUCUUCCGGUCAUGAGACAGCUAGCAGUGGAGGUCGGUGAUGGUGUCCCAACACCGAGAGUGAGGACAAAGCGCUGCGCGUGCAGCAGCCUGCUGGACUCUGAGUGCCACUAUUUCUGCCACCUGGAUAUCAUCUGGGUCAACACGCCCAGUAAGACGACAGUUUAUGGUCUAGGCAGCGCUGUGUCACGACGCAGAAGGUCCGUUGGCCGCUGUACCUGUGCCAAUCUUGAUGAUCACCGCUGUAUCCUCUUCUGCCAUCACAGAGCUGCGGUCAAUAAGUCCAAGAGAGCUAACGCCUCACCUGUCAGACAGAGGUGA